AAAAAGAAUAAUAUCAGUAAAAGCCACAAUAAUACCAGCGAAAAUAACCAAAACGACUAGAAUGGAAGCGAAACUAACGGCGAAUUUGAUGACGACACGAUUGAUGAUGACGAUAAUGAUGUCGAUGUUAAUGAUGAUGACGAUGACGAUGAUGAUAGCUAUGAUAAAGCCUACAGCGAGUAUAUCAUAAUAGCACACAAGCACAGUCCACUCACUAACAUAUACAUACAUAUAUAUAUAUAUAUACAUACAUACAUACAUACAUACGCACAUACAUACAUACACACAUAUAUACAUAUAUACACACACAUAUAUAUAUAUAUAUAUAUAUACUUAAAAAUACACAUACGUAUAUACAUAGAUAUACAUACAUAUACACAUACACACACGCAUACGCACACACACGCAUACAUAUACAUACAUACAUACAUUCACUCUCACGCAUAUAUAUAUAUAUAUAUAAAUAUAUAUAUACAUAUACAUAUACAUAUACAUAUAUAUAUAUAUAUACAUAUACAUAUACAUAUACAUAUAGAUAUACAUAUAUAUAUACAAAAAGCUGAAGGAAACACCAACACCAACAACAAAUACUAGUACUACUACUACUACUACUACCAGUACUACUACUACUACUACUACUACUACUACUACUACAGCUUCUCCAGCAUCCAGCAGUGGUUCAGAAUAUAUCAUUCAUGUUGGCAUUACCACCACGGACAGUACAGACCAACAAAGUGUCGGCUCUACACACAAAUAGAGGUAAGUUCCAGAUGGAAAUAAAAAUGAAUUCAGAGCUACCUGGCGGUUGAAGCGAAUCGUUCAAGCAGGCUGCAGAUGUCGUGAUCAGCGACCAGGCAGCUAGUUCUGCAAUCAUUCCAGUUCCAAACAAGAAGAAUUCUCCUUCUCCUGUCGUUCCCUCACAUGACGAUGGCCAUCGACGAGCGGAGAGAGGUGUAAGACAUGUAAAACGCAGCCGGCAUAAGAGAUCGCCGGCCCCAAUGUUCCCGCGCCUACCCAAAGUUUUCCGCAUAUUCUACAUGGGUCUCGCAUUCUUGUCGCUCUGUUCGUUUUUCAUUCUUCGUGAACUAGCUUCUAGAAAAAAACAAGAUAUGAAACUAAUACAGCUGUCAUCGUCACCGGCGCGGGAUCGGCAGGAGGUUCAAGGGGAAAAAAGAAAGAACAAUAACAUUGAUCACAAUAACAACAUCAAUAAAAAUAUUAACAGUAAAAAUUCGUUAGAAAAUGAUUUACACUCAAAACAAGAUGAAAUUUUAAAAUUACAAAAUUCACUUUGGAACAACUCUUCAUUAUUGGUGCCGCCAGAAAUAGGACUGCCUUAUAACGCCAGUCAAAUCAUUAAUCCUUCUUUGUUGUGUGCCUCUGAUAAUUUUGUGAUUGUUUAUAUUCACACUGCACCAAAUAACUUUAAGCGACGAAUGGCAAUACGACAAACAUGGGGUGACAAAAAACUGUUGGGCAAUUUUAAAAUCAGGUUAGUAUUUGUGAUGGGUGUCGUCGACAGCCCUCGUGUUAUGGAUAUGGUCAAAUUAGAAUCUGACCGUUACAAUGACAUAAUGCAGAGUGUUUUCCGCGACUCGUAUCGGAACUUAAACUUUAAGGCAAUGGCUGCGUUGCGCUGGAUCGCAACAUAUUGCCACAAUAUUACAUAUAUACUAAAAACAGAUGAUGAUAUAUUAGUCAACAUUUUUCUGCUGGCAAAACAGUUGACCGAUCUUCAUCAGCACAAUUUUGGCCAGGAAGAUUUUAUAAUGUGUAAUGUAUGGACAGGAAUGAGAGUGAUCAGAGACAGACGGAGUAAGUGGUUUGUUUCACGUAAAGAAUUUCCAAAGGACACGUAUCCAUCGUAUUGUUCGGGAUCUGCUUAUGUUAUGAGCCCUGACAUGGCCGUCCGAUUAUUCAAAAAAUCAUUAACAAUACCGUUUUUUUGGAUCGAUGAUGUUUAUGUAACUGGUGUGCUUGUAAAAGCAUUAGGUAUUAAACAUGUCCGUUUUAAUUCGGCCUAUGUACUUGACUCUGGAAAGGUAUUGGAUCGGUUUUUCAAGGACACCACACGAACGCUUGUUUUUUACCACGUACAUGGAUAUAAAACGAUGUAUACAUUGUGGCAGAGAUUAAAAGAACGCAUGAAUACAUUUUCCACGGAACAAACAACUUUUUCAAUUAACAGAACUCCUGGACAUCGUUGAUAGAUUUUAUUUUAUAUAUGCUGCGUCAGAAACAAUUAUUUAUUCAAAUUAUUUAUAGUAAAAUAAUCAUAAGUUUGGAAGAGGGUGAAUGAGAUAAUUAAAAUGAUGAAACUAAUGAUGACGAGAAAUUUGAAGAGGAGGCAACGUGAUUGAUUACGAUAAUAAAUAGAAAUUAUACAAUUAAAUCGACUUAGUUAAUUAUAAUAUACGAAAAAUACAUGCUUUUUCCUUCGAUGUAAGAACUAGAAGGCAAUUUAUAUAAUUUUGUAAAGUUCAUUGCUAAUCCUGCUGUUUGAUUCAUUUACGUUCUUAUUUUAUUAUCGUUUUAUUUUAAUUAAUUUCUUUCUCUUUGUUUUUUGCCUUUCAAUUAUGUUUUGUUCCUUACAUCAAUGGUGUUUUAUAAAAACACAGGAUUUACUUGUUGAAAAUGUAUCCCCUCACCAAUUUAACUUGAUCUCUCAAAUAGAGUGUCUGACAUAAUUGAAGUAAUAAUGUUAGACAUAUAUCUAUAAUUACUUGCAAAGAUAAUGAAAAAACUGAUUGUUUAGGAUACUCAAGGAAAUACAUGUUAUUUUUUUAAGAAACCAAUAAAUAAAAAAUAACAAAAUUCA